AUGCAGUCUUUGAUUAAAGAGGAAAUUGGCGUCUCCCUCUCCCAGCAGGAAAUGGCAGAGUUCUUCAAGAAACUGUUCCCUAUCGGCGAUCCUUCCGCACUGGCUGAGACUUUCUUCUCUUCUCUCUCUGAUAAGACACCUGAGGGACUGUGCGAGCUAAUUCUCUCCUGCAGGAACAGCCGAAGAGAGUUUGCAAAGUGGAUAUUUAAUUUUGUCGUUUUAACAAACACUCCAAAAACAGAAACAGAUCCAUCAAACGGAGAAAGUGUAGAUAGCCCAAAUCCUCUCUCCAGCUCGCUCCAAAAUAUGACAGCAAUCUCGUCGUCUUCUCCCGUACCCAGCCCUCCCUGCAGCCAGGACGAGUUUAUUGCCUUCUGUCUCUCCUCCAAGCUAUUUCUGAAGUCCUGGAACGUUUUAAGACUCUGCGCCUUCUGA